ACAUCCAACACUGCGAACGAUACCAUCAUUUCCUUCUCAUCAGACUCGACUUAUGCACUGCGUGACACUACUGAGCUACUCGCAGGUGGCCCCCAUAAUGACCCCAGCUCGACGUUCAAUUGUCUGGAGGAAGAUGGAUGGAUGGUGGGACCUAAUUGCUGGCUCUUAUUCUGGGUACCACCAGCUUCUCGUAAACCAUUUUAUAGGCCUCGGACUGCAUUUGUGAUACCCAGAGGCGUUGAGCUUGACUUGAGUUGCAUGGCACAUGGCUCACACUGGCAGGACUGCUAC